CAGGAGACACUGAUUCCUCUUCCUCUCCACUUCCUUCCAGACCUCACAGAAACAAAACAGUUCCAGCAAAGUUUUCAGACUACAUUUGUCCUACUUUCAAAACACGAUCUAUGACCAAUUGUUCCACAGCUCAUCCUUUAUCUUUCCUCAGUAGUUCCGUUUCUCUUCCUCUAGAUCCAAUGAAUCUUGGGGAAUUGAGUCGGAUCAAACAUUUGACCCAUUAGGAGCCACUUCACCUCGUCCGCGAAGUGGGCUCAUCGAGACUGCGACAGAGCUCAUAUCCGCCCGCACCCAUUAGAUAGGUUCCAUAGUCUUCCAGACGGCGAAAAUUUGAAUCUGAUAUGCGGGCUGGUAUCGCGCCAUUCAGCACUCCUGGCGCAUAGAAAAUGAUUAAUUUCUAGGGUUUAUGUUAUUGUUUGCAGUGCUCUCUCUGCUCUGUCUCAUAGUAACAAACCGAAUCAAAGAUCACACAAGUCACAUAUCUGAUCACAAGAAGAUGUCUAUUGGCGUCCGCGAAGUAUGCAUUCUAGGAGCUUUCAAGCCAUUCGGGCUGGUCGCCGAAGCUAUGGACGGAAACCCCCCGGACAGUUUAUCUGGGGAUUACACUUACUCCCUCUUCAGCCCGGAACUCACCAAACAAAGAGAAGUUGCUGAUGGCUUCAAUUCGACCUCACAUCCCAGUGAUCGGAGCGACCACGAGCUUUUUGUUAGAGGGGAUAGGAUAGUGUGGAGCAUAGGUUCACGAGUGCAUAAAAGGUUCACUUCACCCUCGACAGUGAUCAAGGCAUGCUUUUGUCGGAUGGGUUAUACUUCUGAAGUUGUUCUUUGUGUUCUUCAAUUGGAUAGUUUAUCAAUUUAUAGUGUCUCAGGAGAAGUCAUCUCUAUUCCUCUUCCUCGCAGCACUUCAUCAAUAUGGCCUCUUCCUUAUGGUUUGCUUCUCGAACAAGCAGGAGAAGGGGAUUCAUUCAAGAAUAUAUUACGUUCUUCUUUGAGCCCAUAUUUAGGCCCCCGUGAUAUAGUUCGUCCUAAAAAGGAUGUAAGCCCCACACACAAUAGUAAUAGAAUUCGUGGAAAUGAUUUUAUCAUAAAGGGAGAUGAGGUUUCAAUGUCCUCACAUAUGAUAUUGAAGGAUGCACUGGAAGAACCUCAGUCAACUUAUGUUGAGCAAAGAGGGAAACUAGACAUAAUGAAAGAAUUUGAAGAAAAAACUAUUUGGACAGGAGAUUGUGUUCCCGUGACAGCAUCAUAUAACAGAGCAAAGAUGCAACAUUCUUUGUGGGCUGUGGAAAUUAUUAACUCAAACAUGGAAGUAUCAAAUGCUAAGCGCUCUAAUGGCCCUUCUGCAGUGAUUUCGAAACAAUUUUCCUUCAGGAAAAUAUGGCAAGGAAAGGUCUCACAGACAGCUGCUAGUAAGGUAUUUGUUGCAAGUGAUGAUGACACAUCACACAGUAUUUGCUUUCUUCUCAGAGAUAAAAAAGAGUUGCUGUCUGUUUGGCUCCAAACGGAAGACAUAAACAAUGAAAUAGUCUAUGAUAUUAAACCAGAACUGAGCUGGAGCAUACCAGCAGUGGAUGCAGUACCAGUUUCUGUUACUCGCCCAUGUGUGAAUGUGGGAGUGCUUCCAUAUGCGGAUAUUGUUACUCUGACACCAGAAAAUAUUCUUCUUCUCUAUUCUGGGAAGCAAUGUCUUUGUAAGUAUGUGUUACCGCCUUCUUGGGGUAAAUAUCACUUGCCAGGCAAUAAUCACAUGGGGAAAAAAUCUGUUACCCAUGAUUUGGAAGUUGUUGGAAUAGCUGAUGCUGUUGAGGAGCGUAUAAAUCUUAUUAUGAAUAAUGGACAGAUCUACAGAUGUGCACUACGACGUUUCCCUUCAUCAUCCUUAGCUAAUGAUUGCAUCACAGCAAUGGCAGAAGGGCUACAACCUAGCAUCUACCAACAGUUUCUUAUUCUUUUAUGGAAGAAUGAAAAUCCAGCUUAUCUAAGUAGGAAUGAUGUCACUGCUGAUUCAGAGUGGGAAACAUUCUGUAAUGUAUUACUGCAAAUGUGCAGGUGUUCUACUCAUUCUUCCAAAAGGACUUCAGAUUUAACCUUAUAUUCAUCAUGGGAGUUUCUCAUUCAAAGUAAAUAUCACAAAAAAUACUGUCAGAAUAAUCUAAUAGCCGGAAUUCCUCAGCUGGAAUCUUCCAAUCAGAGGGGAUUUGAUGCAUCUGGAUUAUCUGGAGACAGUACACAGAAAUCUAGCAACACAGUUUAUAACGAGAUACUGACUGAGUCUCUGGAUUCACUUCAUGCAGUAUAUGAGACUUUGAAACUAAACAAUCUCCGCAAACGGGAUUUGGAUCUGCUGGUAGCCCUAUUAUGUGAUGUGGCUGUGUCCUUAGAUGCAUAUUGCUACUUGGAUCAUUAUAUACGCGAUUUUCCAAGACUAUCGAAAGGGUUUAAGAUGCCAUGCGAGACAUUUUCCCGGAAAAUGCCUCCCAAUUUGUUCAGGUGGCUUGAAACAUGUUUACAAUUUGGAUGUAGUUCUGCUAGUAUAUGUGACAUUCCACCAUUGGUUUUUAAAGAAGGCAGGUCUGUUGUAAACUGGGCACGAAAAGUUGUAUCAUUCUAUAGUCUUUUAUGUGGCGCAAAUCUAUUGGGUAAGAGGCUAUCUUCUGGUGUUUUCUGCAAUAUCGCGUAUGGAUUAUCUCACUCUAGAGAGGAAGCAACUGUCCUGGCAAUGGUUGGAGAAAGAUUUGGUUUGCAACAGCUAGACUUACUGCCGGCUGGCGUGUCUCUUCCUUUACGACAUGCAUUGGAUAAGUGUCGCGAAUGUCCUCCAGUGAAUUGGCCCCCUGCUGCUUAUGUGCUUAUUGGCAGGGAGGACUUGGCUUUGCCAAAGUUAAAAUAUCCAAGCAAAUCCGGGGAACUUGAGGAUGAUGUAAAUGCAAAUUUGAUUUCUACAUGUACUCCUUACAUGCUGCACUUACACCCUGUGAUGAUUACCUCCGUAUCAGACUCAAUAGACUCAGAGAGGAGCAAGCUAGAAGAUGCAGAUUCUCUUGAGGGAUAUAUAAAUGAUGGUAUGGACCAUCUUUUCAACUCUAGCACCUUAUUGCGGUAUGGUCGUGAUCUGCGACUGAAUGAGGUUAGACGAUUGCUAUGUUCUGCUAGACCAGUAGCUGUUCAAACACCAGUUAACCCAACUGCAUCUGAUCAAGACCUUCAACAGGCUCAGCUAUGGCAACUAGCACAGAGGACAACAGCCCUUCCAUUUGGUCGUGGCGCUUUUACACUUUCUACUACUUGCACACUUUUGACGGAGGCACUUGGUGUACCAAAGCUUGUAUUAGCUGGUCGGCUGCCGGCUCAACAAAAUGCAAUGGUUAAUCUAGAUCCAAAUGUUCGAAAUGUACAAGAACUUCAGCCCUGGCCAGAGUUUCAUAAUGCGGUUGCUGCUGGGUUAAGACUUGCUCCAAUUCAGGGUCAAUUGCCAAGACCUUGGAUAAUGUAUAACAAACCUAAAGAGCCGAGUGUUAAUCAUGCUGGACUACUAUUUGCUCUGGGGUUACAUGGGCAUCUCUGUGUUUUAAGUAUAUCUGACAUAUACCAAUACUAUGCAGAGGUGCAUGAUAUAACAUCUUUAGGAUUAAUGAUUGGACUAGCAGCAUCGUACAGGGGAUCAAUGCACCCGGAAAUUUCCAAGUCACUUUAUGUACACAUACCGGCACACCAUCCAACUUCAUAUCCUGAAUUUGAACUGACAACACUUCUCCAGUGUGCAGCACUUAUGUGUCUUGGGCUGCUAUAUGAGGGAUCAGCUCAUCCUCAAACAAUGCAUAUUCUUCUGGGUGAAAUAGGUCGUAGAAGUGGAGGGGACAAUGUACUUGAGAGAGAGGGUUAUGCACUUUCUGCCGGGCUUUCACUAGGUCUUGUUGCAUUAGGUCGUGGAGAAGAUGCUAUAGGAUUUGAAGACGCAUUAGUAGAUCGCUUGUUUCAAUAUAUUGGAGGAAGCAACCAUCGAAAUGUAUUCAAUGCCACACCUCAAGUUGAUGAAACACCUCAAGUUGAUGAAAUGAUAUUAUAGUUCUCCUACUCCUCACUGACAAAAAAUCUCUAACCUUUGGAUUAUAUUUCUCUCCUAACAGGAUCAGUACUCAUUCACACCACCCAUUAAUGAGCACAACCAUAGUGCAGGACAGGUUAUUGUCUAGUCUAAAUUUACUUGAUGCCGUGUACCCCGUCUUAUUUUUCUAUUAUGGAUCUGAAUUGGAUUCUCAUAAAGCCAGAUCAAUCUCUAGCCAACCAAAACUUUUCAAUUUCCUAUUCUGGAUGUGCUAUUGCUGUUUAGGUAAUGGAUGCCACAUCGAACAAUGUUGAUGUUACUGCACCCGGAGCCAUAGUUGCUCUUGCUCUAAUCUACAUGAAGACUGAAUCAGAAAUGAUAUUCUCAAGGUUAUAUAUACCACAGACGCGCUUUGAGCUACAAUAUGUGCGGCCAGAUUUUAUAAUGCUGCGCAUUAUUGCUCGGAAUUUGAUAAUGUGGAGCAGAGUUCAGCCAUCUGAAGAUUGGAUAUGGUCACAGAUUCCACAAGUUAUUCAACGUGGUAUAGAAUGUCUUGCAGUAAAUUUAGACAACAUUGACGAGGAUGAUGCGGAAGCAUUUGUUAAAGCAUAUGUCAACAUAGUCGUUGGAGCAUGUAUCUCUCUUGGUUUGAGAUUUGCAGGAACAAGAGAUGGUAAUUCACAGGAGCUGCUUUACAAAUAUGCUGUAUACUUCCUUAAUGAGAUAAAGCCGGUUUCAAUUACAAGUGCAAAUACCUUCCCUAAAGGGCUAUCUAAAUACGUUGACCGCGGCACACUUGAAACAUGCCUUCACCUCAUUGUUCUUUCCCUAUGUGUGGUCAUGGCUGGAUCUGGGCACUUACAGACAUUCAAACUGUUGAAAUUUCUAAGAUGUCGAAAUAUUUUUGACGGGAACUCAAGUUAUGGUAUUCAUAUGUGUGUGAGCUUGGCCAUUGGAUUUCUGUUUCUUGGAGGUGGCACACAUACUUUCUCAACAAGCAAAAUUUCUAUUGCUGCUUUGCUGAUAACUCUUUAUCCACGAUUACCAAAUGGACCUAAUGAUAACCGAUGCCACCUUCAGGCAUUCCGACAUUUUUAUGUUUUGGCGACAGAAGCUCGUUGUAUUCAGACAGUUGAUGUCGACACUGCAUUGCCUGUCUAUGUACCACUUGAAGUUACCAUCCGGGAAACUAAUUACUAUGCAGAAACAAGUUUUUGUGAGAUCUCCCCAUGCAUUCUUCCAGAGCGUGCCAUUGUAAGUUCUAGGUGGUUGAGUUUGCU